AUGGAGCGGCAAUUGUCGAACGAAGUGAUGCGCGACCGGACGAGUUUCACGGCGCGUCCUUCGUUCCGUAAGCAGGCGACGUUACCGGACGCAGACGUGUUGAGGCGGCGCAAGUUGGUGAAGUUCAUCGACGACGAGUUGAUUGGAGCGAUUUCCGCAUGCCACACGUUUUAUGAUGCGCAUGGGGCGAUUCGGGAAAUUGCGCAGGAAGCGGGCGAGCUACUGCGCCUGAUUGACAACCAUGGUAAGGUCAAGUAUCCGCGAGAAGAUCCGUACAGACAGCUGCGUGAUAUGUUGAAUCGAGACCGCCUCAUAGACCGGCGGUUCCGCCCCGUUGCCCGACCCAGCUUGGCAGCCCCAGCAAACGACAGUCGUAGCCCCACUCGUAGCCCCAGUCGCAACCUCAGUGGCAACCUCAAUGGCGACUCCCCCAGCCGAACGCCGACCUCAAGGCAACGGCCUCUUACCCACCGGCCGUACCUCCGCAACUCGAGCAGCCUGCUCUACGACCCGCGGUCCGAGGAGUUUGCUCGCGCUUUCAUACCCGAGUGCUUGCGAUCCACGGGGGUCACUACACGUUCAGGGGUCACUGCCCGCUCGGGGGUCACCAUCCGUUCCGGGCCACCCGCAGGGGUAUCUGCGGGGGCGAGUCAAGACCGAAUCGUGCCGGCUGCCAGUCCCUCCGACCCAGCUGCGACAGCGGAGUCGGAACAAGUGCGAUGGGAUCAGGACUCAAGUGGGGAAACAACCCAAGGUGGCAGCCAAGCAUGCGGCAACCAGUUACAGUCAGCUGGCAGCCGUCCAGGUUGGGAACGAAGGAAGCAGCAGAUUGAGAGCAGAGAGGUGCUAGAGGAAGGCGAUGACAUAUUUAGUCAGUUGGCCAAAGAAGUGCAGAGAGAAACCAUGUGCAUGGUAAAGGGUUUGAGGAAGAUGCAUGUCUACAUAGGGGACGAUGUCAAGGAGCCGGACACACCUUCAACUAGCUCCGCCAGCAGCGCCUUACCGGUGGCGACUCCGAAGGAAAGCCCCUUCAACAUGCUGCGGAAGUUUCUCUUUCAGACUACCCCACCCCCUCGAAGUACAAUCGGCCUAAGAGACGCCUUGACUUCCAGAACCUAUAGACAUACGGAUCAUGACCCCUCGACUUCCAACAAUGAAAUCUCGACGUACACGCUAUCGCAUGUGGAUACGCUCGGCCUGUUAACUAUUUUGCAUCAGCAACAGCUGCUGAUUCAAACGUUGGUUAGGACCACGGUGGGAACUACAGAAUUGCUACUCCACUACGAUCGAGAACUAGACCAAGACAGGCGCGUGGCAACGAUGAUCGAGAGUCUUAAGCAAAAAAGCGAAUAG